UUGUGCUCGCUCCCGCACCACUGGAGAUGCGGCGGGACCGGGUGGCCGGUGCUCGGCCAGUUCUGUGCCUAAGAGUUGGCCUUGGGUGAUCCCCGCCUCCACGAGCCUGGACACAGGCUCUCCCAGGAAGGAAUCCGAGGCGAGAACACCGGGUGCUGCUGCCUGGGCCAGGGAGGGACUGAAGGCUGGGGAGGCGUUUUCCCUCUCCGCUGUCAUCCCGAAGGGCUCGGGAGCAGCGCUGGAGAGGUGGCCUCCGAGAGUUGCAUGGGGCGUUGAGGCAUUUGUUUUCUGGACCGUUUAUCUAGCAGACUACGAGACGAUUUAUGCAACAGUAUCCUGUUUCAACACUGCCAAGGCUAUGCGAGAACGCGGUCAGGACAGCUUGGCAGGUCUCGUGCUGUAUGUAGGACUCUUCGGGCACCCAGGGAUGCUGCACAGGGCCAAAUACAGCCGCUUUCGGAACGAGUCCAUCACGUCCUUGGACGAAGGCAGUUCCGGAGGCUCCGUCGGGAGCAAGGGAUCGCCUCAGCCUCCUUACCCCGCUCUGGCACCUCACUUGCCGACUGAAGAUGCCACCUUGGCGUCCCAAGAGAGCCCCACCCCACUGUGCACCUUGAUCCCGCGUAUGGCCAGCGUGAAGCUAGCCAACCCAGCUACCUUGCUGAGUCUGAAAAACUUUUGCUUGGGUACCAAAGAGGUACCCCGCCUGAAGCUCCAGGAAAGCCAAGAUCCGGCUCCCAGCAGCCCGGCUUCCCCCGAAACCAGUCUAAAUAGGUCCGGGUCUGCACCCCCACCGCAGCAGGACGUGGUGAGGCACAGGGCAACCGCUGUGACUCCCGAUGCUCGCCCCCUUCCGGGCCCUGGGGCGCCAACCCCGGGGAGCAAGCAGGACAAGCACUUCCUGCAGCACCUGUUGGGCAUGGGCAUGAACUACUAUGUGAAGUACAUGGGCUGUAUUGAAGUGCUGCAGUCAAUGAGGUCACUGGAUUUUGGGAAGAGAACUCAAGUUACAAGGGAAGCAAUAAGUCGCCUGUGUGAAGCUGUCCCUGGGGCACAUGGAGCCAUAAAAAAGCGAAAGCCUCCAGUUAAGUUCCUAUCAACAGUUCUUGGCAAAAGUAAUCUUCAGUUUUCGGGAAUGAAUAUAAAACUGACCAUCUCAACAUGCAGCCUCACACUGAUGAAUCUUGACAACCAACAGAUUAUUGCAAAUCAUCAUAUGCAGUCUAUUUCAUUUGCCUCUGGAGGGGAUCCUGAUACUACAGACUAUGUUGCCUACGUAGCUAAAGAUCCAGUUAAUCAACGAGCCUGCCACAUACUGGAGUGCCACAACGGAAUGGCCCAGGAUGUCAUAAGUACCAUAGGGCAGGCUUUUGAGCUCCGGUUUAAACAAUAUUUGAAAAAUCCUUCUUUGAAUGCUUCUUGUGAAAGCGAGGAGGUGCAUAUUGACGACCAUGUGGAGGAGAGAGAAGAUCAUGAGUAUUACAAUGAAAUACCAGGAAAGCAGCCACCUGUGGGUGGCAUUUCAGAUGUGCGGAUCAAAGUUCAAGCCCCAGAACAAAUGGCUUACUGCCCAAUACGGUGUGAAAAAUUGUGCUAUUUGCCUGGGAACUCCAAGUGCAGCAGCGUGUAUGAGAACUGUUUGGAACAAAGCGGGGCAACAGGUAAUGCCCAUGAGAGAGGGGUGCAGUCCCAAAUAGACACCUCACUGUUGAAGCACACAUGUCGAGUGGAUCUCUUCGAUGACCCCUGCUACAUUAAUACACAGGCUCUUCAAAGUACACUCAGUCCUGCCCGAAAUCAAAGCUCAGCUCAGCCAACAGGCAGCCUGUGGCACCGUGAAAAAGCACCAGAAACUGUGCAGCCAGGUGCCACAGCGCAGCCUGCCAGCUCGCUUCCUUUGCCACACAUUAAUCAGCAGCUGCGGGAUGAAGACUGCUACCAUGGCAAGUUGAGCAGGAAGGCGGCAGAGAGCCUCUUAGUAAAGGAUGGGGACUUUUUGGUUCGAGAGAGUGCAACAUCUCCUGGCCAAUAUGUGCUGAGUGGACUACAGGGAGGCCAGGCCAAACAUCUUCUUCUGGUGGAUCCUGAAGGCAAGGUGAGGACCAAGGAUCACGUAUUUGAUAACGUUGGCCACCUCAUCAGAUACCACAUGGAUAAUAGUUUGCCAAUUAUCUCUUCUGGAAGUGAAGUAAGCCUUAAACAACCAGUGAGAAAAGAUAAUAUUCCAGGACUUUUGCAUUUAAACAAAUGAUAACAUAAAAUACCAUCAUGCUGAUAAUUCAAGAAAAUCCGUUUUGUGGUAGGACACAAGGAUAAUUCAAACGUGGUUUCCAGAUGAAAUAGAACACAAACUUUGAAGUGCAUCUCUUCGAGACCAUCAUGGACUAACAAAACUUGAUCAUCAGAAAAGGGGAAGAGGAUUGGUCCAUUUGAAAACAGAUUAUACAUGUGCACGGAUGUCACUUUUUAAGGCCAUAUUGCAUUAAUAACAAGCUAAAAGCACAAUUAAAAUUUCACAUGCUAAAGACAACUUUGACGAACUGCUGGGGCAGUGGUAUGUGCCUUUUAACUUGAUAAUUUGGGGACAUUUUCAUAUUGGGGAGAUUAGUUAUGAGUCUUCAUGUUCUAUAACUACAGAACCAUUUGCCAAAAAAUGUUUUUCAUUGUUACAAAAAUUAGAAGCAAUUUGCUUGACUUUAUUGUAUUUUCUGUUCAGUAGCACUUUCACUGCAAUGUUAAAAUAAAUUUAACAUUGAAUUUGGACUGUGUCUGCCAAUGGAAUCGAAUCAGAAGCCACUGAAAGCGUUGGUCUGUUUCAUUGGCCUGUCCCAUUUGCUGCUGGCUAAACGGUCGCGGCCCAAGUUGUCUGGCCCAGUAUUUCUCAGUUUUUGCUCCUUGGACUGUAAGCAGCAUGUGACCAGCUGAAGAGGCCAAAUCUGUCAGCCAUUUCUGAUUCCGUCAUAUUUCUCCCUCUUCCCUCUUCCCCACCAAAAAUAGCUAGAGUACAGGCAUUUAAAAGAUGGAAAACAAACCAGUGUUCUUCAUAUUUAAUAUCCAAAUUGGUUCAUUACUAUUAAAAAUUACUACUGAAUUUAUUUGAAAAUAUGUGGAGAUCCCCUUCUGGUUGGCUGCGACGGAAUGAUACUCCCUCACCUACAUGAAUCCGUAUCACCUUCUCUAGAAUAUGAACAUACAAAAUGCAGGAGGGAGAAACAGGAAAUGAAACAUUUGGAAAGGUCGCCACCUGGAGACACACCGGCAGGAGGCUCAGUGCCGCGUUGUGCAGGGAGAAGCCCCGGGCUGGCUGUCAGCAGUGUCCCCGUGCGGAGGGAGCUGAUGCUGUCUGCACUGCAGCUUCCUCCUCUACCAGAAGAGAGAGCUGGGCUGGGUGGAUUCAGGGGUCCCUUUCAGCCCUAACGUGGUAAGAGUCUGUAAACAGCAAAAUUUCUGUUCAGUAGGGGUCAGUGUUGAUUACCAGUCUGUAUAGUUGAGGUGAAAACUUGAGUAUUUUCCUUUAGUCUGUGUCUGUGCUCAAAAUGAAGGGCACAGCUGAGAUCAACAUUCAGGUAGCAGGCACCCCAAGUCUUUCGGUCAAAAACGUUGACACUUUGGAAGAAUAUAAGUAAACAUGGUAGACAUGGGUUUGGUGGUUUCGAGCAGCAGAAAACCACUUCAGCCCUUUACUUGCCUUUGCAUACAGAGAUACGGCCACUGCUGUAGAGAGCUUUUUUAUCCUGAGCUGCCUGGACUACAGCCUUAACUCCACUUCAUUUUGGCUAUGUAGACACAACUUAACAUUUGUAACUGUGAUAUAUUUGCUACGUUUUGAAUAAGAUAUGGGAAUAUUCUUUUGGAUAGGAGUAACCAGAAAUCUAGCAUACUGAACUCUAAUAUUUUUAUGAAAAGGUUUAUGAUUUUAUUCCUUCUGCUAUUAAUUUCUUAGACAGGUCUGUUUCCUUUUGUACAACUAGGAAAUAAUGUAUUUUUCAUCAAUUUUCCAUAUACUUUAGGAGAGUAAUAGAUCAUAGAAACUCAUGGGCGAUCUAAUCACCUUUAUCAGAGACAGAAGAGGCUAUGGUCUUGGUCUGGCUGAGUGGUGGAAACUGGAGGGCAAGAAAGAAUUCCUGAUGCAAAUAGAUUCGGGGAGUGUAAAUGCCGAGAGCAGUACAUGCAGAUAGUCUGCAUUUGGCUGUAUUGUACAGUACUUGGAUGAGCAAAUACUGCACUUACAAAUGCCACAGACCCAGUUAGAACAAAAAGAAACAACAAGGGAAUUGUUGGAUUGCAUGCUAUUUUAAUGACACACUCUUAUCUUCAUUGGUCUUCAAGUGGAAAUUGUUUUGCCUAUAAAUACCUGUAAAUGACUUUUCAAAAAAUAAAUGAGUAUUACUUUGUGACAA